AUGAAUUCUGACUCCAGCUCGGUUUCCAGCAGAGCGUCCUCGCCAGACAUGGAGGCGAUGUACCUGCGCGACCACCACCAUCACCACCACCAUCACCACCACCACCACCAGGACAGCCGCCUAAACUCGGUGUCCUCCACCCAGAGCGAGGUGGGCGCCAAGGGCUCGGCCGAGGGCCUCUCGCGGGGAGGCGGCAAGGGCUCAGCGGCGUCGAGCGAAGGCGGCAAGUACAAGCUCAAGAAGCAGCUGUCCGAGCAGGACCUCCAGCAGCUGCGCCUGAAGAUCAACGGGCGGGAGCGCAAGCGGAUGCACGACCUCAACCUGGCCAUGGACGGCCUGCGCGAGGUGAUGCCCUACGCGCACGGGCCCUCGGUGCGCAAGCUCUCCAAGAUCGCCACGCUGCUGCUGGCGCGCAACUACAUCCUCAUGCUCACCAGCUCCCUGGAGGAGAUGAAGCGCCUGGUGGGCGAGAUCUACGGCGGCCACCACUCGGCCUUCCACUGCGGGACGGUGGCCCACUCCGCCAGCCACCCGGCCCACGCCGCCGGCGCCGUCCACCCGGUCCACCCCAUCCUGGGCGGCGCCCUCUCCUCGGCCAACGCCGCCUCCUCUUCGCUCUCGGCCUCUCUGCCCGGCCUCGGCGCCAUCCGGCCGCCCCACUCGCUGCUCAAGAGCCCCAGCACGCCGCCGGCCCUCCAGCUCAGCGGCGGCUUCCAGCACUGGGCCGGCCUGCCCUGCCCCUGCAGCAUCUGCCAGGUGCCCCCGCCGCCCCACCUCUCCGCCAGCCUGGCUCGCAUCUCCACAGAGACCAAGGACUUGCUCAAGUGA